CAUUGAUUCUAUACCAGAGUUUCGAGUAUCAAAUAAUAUAAAACAAAGCAACGUGUAAAUUAUAUUUUAUAUUGAUCACGAUGAAAGUUUUACUAUUGCUAGCAAUUUUUGUACCAUUUGUUGUAACCCACGAUGUGAUAAUUACAAAAAUACUCUCCCAAGAAAUCUUGAGACAUGUUGAUGUUGAAUUAUUAGUAACGCAAAUGGAAACAAUUUAUUUUUUUGAAAAAAACAGUGCUGGAAAUAUAACGGCAGUAUUAGAUGAGUUUAUAGAUAAAGUUUUGGAAAACGUUGGAAAUUACCUUAUAAAUUAUGGAUACGAUCCAUGCCAAAUACCAGACACAGUUUUAAAUCUUCCGAUAACAGGAACCAUUACGUUAAAAAAGGGAUGGUUACGUGAUUUGGCCAUGAUUAAAAGGUACAAAGAUACUGAAGUAGUUUACAGUUCAGAAGAGAAAAAACUAAAAAUGAUAUUUUCACUUCAAUUUGAAGUGUUGCAGUUUGCUUACCACUACAUUACACACUAUCUUCUGUUCACAAUAGAGGGCGAGGUAGAAGGAAAAGUUGAAAACGUGAUAAUACAAGCAGCAUUAAGUUUUGAUUUUAAUACUUACAAUGCAACUCUAACCAAUUUUGAUAUUAUGAAUUCAGGAUCGAUAGACAUUCACUUUUCUGGGCAUGAUUGGAUUGAUUGGUUAACUAAUGCCAUGACAGCAGUAAUUACUACGUUUUUACAUCCACUUAUAUUAUCGAAAAUUCAAAAUAUUUUCAAAGGCACCUUGUGUGGUCUUGUCGAUGCUGUAAACGAAAUAAUUCACGAAAUAUUACAUGUUUAAG